GAAACCAAGCGAAGUUCCUUUUCUGCAGCGCACAGGGUGGCCUCAGGCAGACUAGCGGCUUGGCUGCUCUGGAGUCUUUAUCCCUCUCUCUCUCUCUCCCAGCUGCAAAAUCCUGUGGUCUUCAAAAAAAUCAAGCGUGUAGCUUUUCCUCUUCCCGAGGAUAAUCAGCUAAUUUAACUCUGAACUACACCCUAGCUCCUACCCCCACCUCUGUGGCUGAAGUAACCGUGGAGUUUACUUGCUGCUUCCAAAGUUUCACACUCAGGGAAGAAAUAUGGGAUGUAUAAAAUCAAAAAGAAAAGAGACUCUGCCUGGAGAUGGGCUAGAUUUGAAGAACCAACCAGUACGUAAAACUGAACGAACUAUUUAUGUGAGGGAUCCAACGUCCAAUAAACAGCAAAGGCCAGGAAAUACAGAAAUGCACCUUUUACCAGGGCAGAGAUUCUGUAAAGAAGAUGCGGAGGAGCAUGGGGACAUUGUAGUAGCCUUGUAUCCUUAUGAGGGAAUUCAUGAAGAUGACUUGUCCUUCAAGAAAGGAGAAAAAAUGAAAGUUCUUGAGGAGCUUGGAGAAUGGUGGAGAGCUAAAUCUCUCUCAACAAAGAAAGAAGGCUUCAUUCCAAGCAACUACGUAGCAAAAGUAAACACCUUGGAAACAGAAGAAUGGUUCUUCAAAGAUAUAACCAGGAAAGAUGCAGAGAGACAGCUGCUAGCACCAGGAAACAAUCCUGGGGCAUUCCUUAUCAGAGAAAGUGAAACAUUAAAAGGCAGUUAUUCUCUGUCCAUCAGGGACUAUGAUCCACAGCAUGGUGAUGUUAUUAAGCACUACAAAAUAAGGAGUCUAGACAAUGGAGGAUAUUACAUCUCUCCAAGGAUUACAUUUUCCACCAUCAACGAAAUGAUCAAACAUUACCAAAAGCAGUCAGAUGGUUUAUGCAGAAAGCUGGAAAAAGCAUGUGUUUGUCCAAAACCCCAAAAACCUUGGGAUAAAGAUGCCUGGGAGAUUGCACGGGAAUCAAUUAAAUUAGUGAAGAAACUUGGAGCUGGUCAGUUUGGAGAAGUUUGGAUGGGUUACUAUAAUAAUAGUACAAAAGUGGCUGUGAAGACCCUGAAGCCUGGAACGAUGUCUGUACAAGCAUUCAUGGAGGAAGCCAACCUCAUGAAAACACUUCAGCAUGACAAGUUAGUAAGGCUGUAUGCUGUAGUCAGCAAAGAGGAACCUAUCUAUAUUAUAACAGAAUUCAUGGCAAAAGGCAGUCUGCUGGAUUUUCUGAAGAGUGAUGAAGGAAGUAAAAUACUGCUUCCAAAGCUAAUUGACUUCUCAGCUCAGAUUGCAGAGGGAAUGGCAUACAUAGAAAGGAAAAACUACAUUCAUAGAGAUCUGAGAGCAGCUAACGUUCUGGUUUCGGAUUCACUGAUGUGCAAAAUUGCUGAUUUUGGACUAGCCAGAGUAAUUGAAGAUAACGAAUAUACAGCACGGGAAGGUGCAAAAUUCCCUAUUAAAUGGACAGCACCAGAAGCAAUUAACUUUGGUUCCUUUACUAUUAAGUCUGAUGUGUGGUCCUUUGGAAUUCUUCUGUAUGAAAUUGUUACCUUUGGAAAAAUCCCUUAUCCAGGUAUGAGUAAUGCUGAUGUGAUGGUUGCUCUUCAGCGUGGGUACCGCAUGCCACGCAUGGAAACCUGCCCAGCUGAGCUUUAUGAUAUCAUGAAAACAUGCUGGAAAGAUAAAGCAGAAGAGAGGCCAACAUUUGAUUAUUUACAGAGUGUGCUAGAUGAUUUCUACACAGCAACAGAAGGGCAGUAUCAACAGCAGCCAUAGAACAAAGGAACACUUUGCCAGUUGGCAUAGACCAUUGUUCGGACAAAGUGGGCAGAUAUCAUGUAUUUGGAUAUCCUAACCAAUUGUGGCUUCUGAAACUGGAGGCUGAAACUCCACAGGAAGAAUCAUUCUGCUUAGAAAUAAACCAUGUUUUUCUAUGGUUAAUUUAAUUUGAAUGAUCACUCUGCUUGAGGUUAGAGUUCUCUUUAGAUGUUAUCUUUUUAUUUGCCUAAAUAAACAUCCAAACAAGACAAGCUUUGAAAACAAAGACAGAGUGCAGUCGCACCAAUACAGACUUACAAAGCAUUUGAAGCUGCAGACAGAAUUUGGGGAAAUCUCUAAAUGAUAGCUUGCCUUACAAGAAAAUGUAUGAAGUCUGAAGAUAAAUAUGAACAAUUUAUGAAUGGAAAAGUUAAAGAAUUUCUGCUCCCAAAUUAGCUUUUUGAAAGAUAGCACAUCAUGAAAGUCAUGCUUUGUAUUUUUAUAGCCUCUGGUUAUCUUACAUCAGUAUCUGGAGAACAGUAUCUUGUUGCAAGAUUCAAAUAUUUAGGAUGUAAUCAUCCUCUUUAAGAAAGGGUUAAAAGGUAAUUUUUACACUUAAUUUAAUUCUCUUUGGCAUAUAUGCACAGCCCAAGCAUUUACACUGUUAAGGUUUGAAAAAAGUGUAUUUUACAGGCACCAAGGUAAGAAUAAGACCUGCAAUAUUUUGAAAUUGCAUUAUUGUGCUCAAUGUAUCAGAAAAAAAAAGACAGCAUAUUGUCUUGCUCUGCAUAUAGAGCACCAUGAAUUUAAGCCUGGAACCACCUGCUCAAAAUUCAUUUUUUCCCCUGGGUUAAGUCAGUGGCAAAUCUCCCCUAUAUUUUGAAGGGAGCAGGAUCUGGCCCUCAGUAGUUUGAAACACUGUGAUCCAUCUAUUAACCAUGAAAAUGCUUUCUAUAAGUAUCUUAAUAGGAAUUUUAGAGUGAUUCAGUAAUUUAUUCCUAACAUUUUUGCUGUUUGAACUGAAAGACAUUUAAAGAUUAGCCAAAAUUAAUGUUUUAAAAUGCACCAUACCUUUAAAGCAUAUUGUAAUCAGUGAAAUUACAUUGAAGUGAAUGUUCGCACCCUGGUUUUGCUUUUCAGUAUGUAAUUAUUACUAAUUCAUAACCAACAGUUAAAAACCAUGACUGAUUUACUUGUUACAUAGUUGGUGUUCUUAAUGCAUAUUCUGUUAGGAUCCAGGCAUAUUAACAAAACUGUAUUUGAACUAAUUCUCCUCUUGAUAACUAAAAAAUACUCCGUCGUGAAGUGAAUUAUCAAAAAGCAUAACUAGUGCAAUUACAAUGUGACUGCCUGUUUCUGUCCUCCCUUACAUAAAGUGGGACUGGGCUGUUCUUACAACCAAAACAAUUUAUGGUAAAGGGUACUAACAGAAGCUUUAAAAAGAGGCUAACUACUAGUGAGGCUUUAGUAUACCUGCAGUCCAAACAUAGUGAUCAGUAUAGACAUUCAUUGCUUUUCUUUUUUAGUAAAGCAGAGCAGGUUUCUGAAUGAAGGAAGUCAGUCAGUCAAUGUGCAGAUUAACCACCACAGACUGUGUACAUAUUUUUAUUGUAUGGUGAUUUUUUAUUUUAAUAAACAAACUCUUUAAAUUUAAAACUUGUACCAUUGUAGUUUGUCCUUCAAAUUACAAUAAAUAGCCAAUUUUAUAGGCCAGGCUGACAGUUUUCUGUGUACAAGGAAUGCAGGAUCAGACCCUGUCAGUGUUCAGAUGCUAUACAAAACAAAUAGUUCUUUUAGUUAACAUCGCUUAAAUGAAUCUUGCCUCUUUUAUACCCAUUCAUCUCAGAGGAGCAGUUCAGAAAUCUCAAGACAGCCAUUUCACCGCUGAAUAUUUUAGCAGAAAUAUUCAUCUAAGUGGUUCUUAUCCUACAAUUCUGAACUACCCACCACAGCAGUAAAUUCCAAAAUAUCUUCAAAAUAGCUGCUAAAACCUCACUCUUCUGCAGUGCCAGCAGGCACCACCAUUUACUGAGACAUUUAGGAAAGCCUGAACAUGUGCAAAAUUUAAGUUAGCAUUUGGAAAUGUGAAGUCAUCUUAGUUGCAGAAAAAGUCUAGGAGCCAUACAUUGGAUCACAUUAUUAUGUGCUUGCAGAGCUAGUGCAGCACUGAGAAAUGCAGGUGUGCUGAACUGUACUCUGUUACUUGUUCAAGACAUAGGUGAAAGAUGGAAGCAUGUUUGGUUUAACUUAAGUCAUUUUAUGUAAUGUUGGGGGGGGGGGGGGGGGGGAGGGGAGAAAUGAUACAGACUGAGCUUUGUCUAGCCUGAAAUCUAUUGACGGGGGUUUAUCAAGAUUCCUAUUUAUGUUACCAGAUU